AUGGUUGAUAUGAACAAAAGUCUCGGUUUUGGUGCGGGAAAGGGCCAUGAGAACGAAUGGGCGGCGCUUGGUGGGAUUCCCGUUGACCAAAUAGUAGGCGAAGUUGACGGGCAAGGCAAGAUGAUAAUGGAAAACAAACUUUACAACGAGAAGAAGUACGCAGGUCUUCGCGCUGGCGGUGCACAUGAGGAACUUGCUGGCUUUCCGAAGACCGGAUUCACCGGAAAGGGUUCCGAACGCUGGAACGAACCGCAGUAUAGUGGAUUCAGAGACACGCCUAUGCUCAAAUCCGUCGAGACUAUACCAACAAACACCGGAGAGCUUUGGGGUAGAAUUUACAAAAGAAGUGGUGGCUCAACCAGCUGUGUGAUGCAACUGGAGAUGGAUGAAAAUCAAUCAGCCAAAGAAGCCAACAAGAACCAAGGGGACAACAAGAACCAAGAGGCCAACAAGAACCAACAGGCCAACAAGAAUCAAGAGGCGCCCGAAGAAAAGCCCGCCAAGCCCGCAGCAAAGCAGCCCAAGAGGUCCGGAGCCACCAUAUUAGGAGGUUCUGCCCUUGCUAUUGGUGGUGCUAUUCCAGAAUGUCUUGAAAAUCUUGGUCUUAAACGCGGUGCUGCUCGUCAUCUUUUUCCUGAAUCUUGGAGAAAAUGGCUUAUUGAGCAUGGUACCCGUGCCCGCCCACACUUUAAGGGGAUUCGCUUUGGCUCACCCACUAAAGUGGGUGCUUUCCCGCGAGAGUGGGAAGAUGCUCGAAACGCAUCGACACCAUGUUGGCAAACCACUCAAUCCUGGCAAUCGGUUGCUCAAUUCAGUUGA